GGUUUUUAGCUCCUCGUUUUGAGUUAAAAAAGGCAGCAAAGACGCCAGCUUUCUUGCUGUACACCUGCGUGGGGGACUUCUUCAUUUGGGAAGUGGAAAAGGGUUUUUAGCUAUAUUUGAGGAGCGAAUUUAAUGUCCAGAAAUUGCUGGAAGUGUUGACCCAUCAUUUGAACUAUUAAUAAGGACAAGUCGAAUAAGUCUCGGAAAAAUGGGAUGCCUGGUCUCUACGCCAAAAGAUUCCGGUGGCAUCAGAAGGAUUCCAGGAAACAUUGGCGAAAUUUCUGUAUAUGUCCCUGGUCUACGAAUCCCCAAGCCCGUUGAUUUUUCUCAGUCGCUUGGGAACCACUUGUCCAGAAACUUGGUCGAACGGUUAUCUGCCCUUAGGACUCGUAUAGUUGUGAUGGCUGGCCAGGAAGCUCCAACAAUCACAAGAACGAGGAGAAAAAGUGCCACCCAACAUGGAGGUUCGACAUUGGCUGAUCUUCUUCAGGCUCUUGAAGAUUACUUGCCUGUUCUUUUGGGAUUAGUUAAAGACGGGAGUCUGUUACAACACAAAGUGUCAUUUGUUUGGAUAAAUCAGGAGGAUGACGCGGAGGAAACAGCCAUAUCUAAUGCCUGGUACGAGGUUCUGUCAGUGCUACACUUGAUGGCAAUGUUAGCGUUAUCUCAGGCCAACUUACUGCUCCUUCCAAGAACAUCUGCUGAUGGUCACCAUGCCAAAGUUUCAGAAGAAAACAGGCGAGCUUCCGUUGACAUAUUUUUGAAGGCAGCAGGGUAUCUGGAUUGUGCUGUUCGGCAUGUCCUUCCACAGUUAUUGAUUGAACUCAGGAGAGAAUUACCAGUAGACCUUGCAGAAGGGGUUCUUCGAGCACUUUGCCUCCAAGCACUGGGGCAGGGUGCGGAUGUCCAACUUGGAAUGGCAAUUGAUAGCACAAAAGCCACCCUGGCAGUCAAACGUAGGCUUGCUUGUGAGAUGGUAAAGUACUGGCAGCAGGCUCAAGAUAACCUAAUGAACCUUCCUUUGACAAAUGGUUGGGCAGAAAAGCAUCGUCUUUAUGUAAAGUGGAAAUAUAAUGAAGCUAAGGCUGCAGCAUAUUACUACCACGGCCUGAUUCUGGACGAGGGAAACACGGAGAAGUCUCAUGGAAUGGCAGUAGCUGCUUUACAAGCGGCAGAUGAAUAUCUGAAGGAAAGCAAGAAGGUCUCAGAGGCAUUUAAUGCGACUCCUCCUCUUUCAAGGAACCCACCACUAUGGGGAACCAUGAAGUUUCUCUGUGAAAAAGUUCCAAAAGACACAUGGAACAAGGUUCGGAUAAACCGUGAUCUCUACACUAACGAAAGGGUUAUGGAGACUGCACCUACAUUGCCUGACUUUGCCUUGGCCUUGAAACCCGACGACUAUCAACUCCCUCCCGUGGAUAACUGCUGGAACGAGACUAAUGUCAACGGGGGGCACUUAGGCCCUGGCCAACUCCAGAGCGACGCAAGAUGAUGUUGUAUUUAAAUCUCGGAAAAUACAAAGAUACAUGGGGCGCAAAUUCAUGGAAAGGCCCUUAACGAGAAAGUCGGUGCUUUUCUCCCCAGUUUUCCCUCUGUGCCGGUUUGUUUCUCUUAUCGCCGUGAUCUACUCUCGUUAUAGGGCUCAUUGUACAAGUAACUAUCGUGUGUAAUUCCUCCCUGGUUGAAAAUAAACGGUUUUUCUUUUAAUGCUUAUAAUAAAAAUGUUUACAAAUAA